AUGACGACCGCGAUACCCUCCAUCGCCUGCCUCGGCGUCAUUGGCCGCAAUAACAACCCUCUACACAUGUCCACCUUUCCCUCGCACGACACCGCCACCAACACGCUGGCGCCGAUCCGGACGCCGCUCGAGUUCUCGCUGCUACUCUCCUCGACGGUGGACGUGUUUGCGCUGCGCGCCAAGCACGAGCACCUCGCGACGAGCGGCCUGCUGCACGCCGUCGACGACCGGCUCGCCGCGUACGGCUUCGAGACCAACACGGGCGUGCGGCUGGUGUGCGUCGUCGACAUGCGCGGGCGCCGCGUCGACGGCACCGUGCUGCGCUCGGCCGACGCGUCGUCGUCAUUGUCGUCGCAGGGCGCUGGGCUGCGCGACGCUGAGCUCAAGCCCGUCUUCAAGGCUAUGCAGAACGCUUACGUCAGGCUCCUCCAGAACCCGUUUUACGAACCUGACCUGCAUGCGCCGCCGGGCGGACAGGGCGGCACAAAGAUUACGAGUAAGAGCUUCGCAGAGGCCAUGAGGCGUAUAGGCGAGUCGUGGACGCCGGGCGUGACGAGCUUGUGA